AUGUCUUGGAAACUCACCAAAAAAUUAAAGGAAACCCACCUUGCUCCUUUGACGCAAACCUUUACCCGGUCCUCAUCUACAUCCACUAUUAAGGGCGAGUCCGGCGAAGAGACUCCCGUGGUUUCGCAGGCUCCGACUCCGACUAUUUCCACGUCAAACAUCAAUGGAAUCAGUGCCUCGGAAUCUCUCGUAUCGCCUCCCGUGGCUCCCGUCAAGCCCGGUAUCCUGAUCGUCACCCUCCACGAAGGCCGGGAUUUCGCUCUUUCCCCGCAAUACCAACAGAUCUUCAAUUCGCAUUUCCAAAACAACUAUGCUAUGCGCCCGAGCUCUUCGUCCUCCCACUCCACUCAUGGCCAGGCUGCAUCAUUCGUCCAUAGUGGCCGUCCUCAGUCGACUAGCGGAGGUAUCAAUGCUGCGCCCACAAUCCACGGUCGGUAUUCGACAAAAUAUCUUCCCUACGCUCUGUUAGAUUUCGAGAAGAACCAGGUUUUUGUCGACGCAGUUUCAGGGUCGCCCGAGAACCCCCUUUGGGCCGGAGACAACACCGCCUUCAAGUUUGAUGUGUCCCGUAAGACGGAAUUGAACGUUCAGCUCUAUCUCCGAAACCCGGCCGCUCGGCCCGGUGCCGGCCGGAGUGAGGAUAUCUUCCUCGGUGCCGUCAAGGUACACCCGCGCUUCGAAGAAGCCCAACAGUUUGUGGAGGAUCCCAAACUCAGCAAGAAGGACAACCAGAAAGCGGCUGCUGCCCACGCAGCCCAGGAGCGCCAUUUGGGCCAGUUGGGCGCAGAAUGGCUGGAGCUUCAAUUCGGUACCGGAUCGAUCAAGAUUGGUGUUAAAUUCGUCGAGAACAAGCAGCAAAGCCUGAAGUUGGAGGACUUCGAGUUGUUGAAGGUCGUGGGUAAAGGUAGUUUCGGCAAGGUCAUGCAGGUCAUGAAGAAAGAUACUGGUCGUAUCUAUGCCCUCAAGACUAUCCGUAAGGCUCACAUCAUUUCACGAUCGGAAGUCACGCACACUCUCGCCGAGAGAUCGGUGCUUGCACAGAUCAAUAAUCCCUUCAUCGUCCCCUUGAAAUUUUCCUUCCAGUCUCCAGAAAAAUUGUAUUUCGUUCUUGCCUUCGUAAACGGUGGAGAGUUAUUCCACCACCUCCAAAGAGAGCAGCGUUUCGAUAUCAACCGUGCCCGUUUCUACACGGCUGAGCUGCUUUGCGCAUUGGAGUGUCUGCAUGGCUUCAAGGUCAUCUACCGUGAUCUCAAGCCGGAAAAUAUUCUCCUCGACUACACAGGGCACAUUGCUCUUUGUGACUUUGGUCUAUGCAAGUUAGACAUGAAGGAUGAAGAUCGGACGAACACCUUCUGUGGAACCCCUGAAUAUCUUGCACCUGAGUUGCUAUUGGGCAACGGAUAUACCAAGACUGUUGACUGGUGGACGCUGGGUGUCCUCCUGUAUGAGAUGUUGACAGGUCUUCCUCCAUUCUACGAUGAAAAUACCAACGACAUGUACCGAAAGAUUUUGCAGGAGCCCCUGACUUUCCCCAGCACGGACAUUGUACCCCCCGCUGCACGGGACCUUCUGACACGACUGCUUGACCGCGACCCCCAGCGUCGACUGGGUGCCAACGGUGCUGCGGAGAUUAAGUCCCAUCAUUUCUUUGCCAACAUUGAUUGGCGUAAGCUGCUCCAGCGGAAGUACGAACCAAGCUUCCGUCCCAACGUGGUUGACGCGCGUGACACCGCCAACUUCGACCGGGAGUUUACAUCCGAAGCACCUCAAGACUCAUACGUGGAUGGGCCCGUUUUGUCCCAGACUAUGCAGCAGCAGUUUGAAGGCUGGUCUUACAAUCGUCCGGUUGCUGGUCUUGGAGAUGCUGGCGGCAGUGUUCGGGACCCAUCCUUCGGCAGCAUUCCCGAAUAA